AUGACAACAGCUCUCUCGAAGCGGCAAGUAGUUGCGAUUGCGGCGGCGGCGGCUCUUUUCGUUCUCCUCACCUUUAGCACCGCCGGGAAUCCAUCGUCAUGGCGAUCGUUGGAGGAGGCGGGGAGAUGCAGGAGGGAUGAUAUCUUGGUGCACCAAGGGGCGACGGCUCCGCUGCCGAACGGGAUCCCAACGUACACGGUGCAGGUGCUGAACGUGUGCUCCGGGAACUGCAGCAUCGGGGACAUCCACUUGAGAUGCGGGUGGUUCAGCUCCGCCCGCCUCAUUAACCCCAGCGUGUUCCGCCGUCUCGACUACGACGACUGCCUCGUCAACGAUGGCCGACCCCUCCGCGCCGGCUUCUCAGUCUCCUUCCAGUAUGCCAACUCCUUCAGCUUCCCCAUGGACGUCUCCUCCGCCACCUGCCUCCCUUCUCAACCCCGUUAA